AUGAAGACCAUAAGGGGCGCUCCAUGGAGUUGGAUUUGAACGUGCUGCUGGGUCAGGCGGAAGUCGAUCCGUUUCAAACUACUUGUGAACAUGCAGUGACUCUUGGGCUAGGAAAUUUUUAGACUCUCUGCUUUUCUAGCCCUAUCGUGAGGGUGUUCGGCGAGAUAUCCAUAUAUGUAGUUUCAGGGGCGCAAUCCUUAUCGAUAAUGAUAUUUUGGCUUCGUCUCCUGAGUUUACAGCGCUCUCUAGGCACUGAAAAACACAAUCUUACGCGUGAGAAACGGUCGUCCGAUCCUGCGUUGAGUUUCGGAGCGAGAGCCGCCUCAGUCAGGCUAAACAUGCGAUUGAAUAUGAUGUGAUCUAUUCCAUUAUGGAAUUGCCAUCAGGUAACUCCCUCGUCCAUAGUAA